AUGAAUAAUCCUAACCAAAAAAAUGAAGAUAUUGGAAAUGUAAUUCAUAUAAUUAAUAAUAAAAACUUAAAAGAAGAUAGUGAAUAUAAUGACUCCUUUAUAGAAAAUUUAUUCAAUGUAAAUAGUAAAUUUAAUAUUCAAGAAAAAGAUAAUUUAUAUGAAUAUCAAGAAUAUAAAAAUGAAUAUAGAAACCAUAUAGAUACAAUAAACGAAGAGAAUGAUAAUGACUAUUAUGAAGAAAAGGAAGAUAAAUUUGAUUGUGAAUAUGAAUGUAAUUAUGAGGAAGAAGAAGAAGAUGAAGAGGAUGAUGAUGUUUUAAAAUAUUAUACUGUUGUUAAAAAUAAUAAAAUAAAUGAUGAAAAUUUGCAAAACCAAAUUGAUAAAUUAUUAAAUUUUAAUAAAAAAAGUGAAACUUAUGAAGAAAAACAAAAAAAAUUGGUAUUGGACUCUCUAAAUGAUGAUGAAAUUGAUGAUAAAUUAUAUGAAAAAGAAGAGAGUUUUUUUUUCGAUUUUAUAGAAGAAUUAAAUAAUUUAAAGAAAUGCAUAAGUAAAAAUAAUAAUGCUAUGAACAUUGAAAAUAAUAAAAAAGAUGAAAAUUGUGUUAUUGACUCUGAAAUUAACAAAAUAUACGAAAAUAAAAUUGUUGAUUCGAUUAAUAACAAAAAUAUAGCAUUUAAUGAAAAAAGGUUAUUAGAUAUUAACAAUAUAAAUUUAAAUAAUAUUUUAUAUUUCUAUUUUUAUUCUAAUCAAGAAUAUUUGUUAAGAAUGAAAAAUGAGAAUCAAAAUGUGUACACCUACGAUUCUUAUAUAUUUGAAAAUGAUCAAUUAAGCGACAUUUCAAGCAAUUUGAAAUCAUCUGAUAAUUCAAAAUCUAGCAGUAUAAGUGAUGAGGAUCUUUUGAUGUUAAAAUAUGAUGAUGAUGACUAUGAUAAUGAAGAAGUAUUUUAUAAUAAGAAAAAAAAAAAAAAAAAAAAAAAAAAUAAAAAAAAUUACAAAAUACUAACAUCAACAGAACCAACAAAAAUGAAUAAAGAAGUGGAAUUAUUAAUGAACAAAGCUAAUAAUUGUUACAUUAGUAAAAACUUUAAUGAAUGUAUAAUUAUAUUAGAAAAAGUUAUUAAAUUGUCUCCCUGUCUACAUGAUCCUUUUCAUUUAUUAGGAUUAAUAUUUGAAAGAGAGUUUAAAAAUUUGAAAAAAGCAAUAAAUUAUUAUUUAAUAGCGGCUCAUUUAUCGCACAAUGAUUUUUUAUCAUGGUAUAAUGUCAUUGAUUUGUGUAAAAUUGAAAAACAAUAUAAUAUUAUUCUUUAUUGUUUAUAUAAAGUAUUAAAAUUUUAUAAAAGAAAAAAAUCAAAAUAUAAAAAUAAAGUGAAAUGUAAUGUUAGUGAAGAAAGAAAGAAAAAAAGCACUGACAAUUAUUGUGAUGAUGAAGAAGAAAAAAACCAUUUGAAAAAUAUAAAUGAAGAUAAUGAUAAUGAUAGUGAUGAAAAUAAUAUAAAUGAAUUUGAUAAUUUUAUGAAACAUAUAUAUUUUAAUAUAUCAUUUACUUAUAUUCUAUUAGAAGAUUACAAAAAUGCUUUAAAAAAUUUAUUCCUUUUAAAAAAUAAUAAUGAUUCUUACGAAAUUAUUAUUGAUAUAUAUAUAUGUAUUUGUUUAAUUAUUAUUAAAAGCCCAAAUGAAUGUUAUAAUUUGUUAAAGAACAUUUAUUUAAACAUAAUGAAAAGUAAGAACAAUAAUAGUUUCUCUUACCAAGAAAAAAACAUCAUUUCUUUAUUUAUGCAAGCUCAAAUUUUAAAUAAUAAAUAUGAUGAAUGUAUUUUUGUUUAUAAAAAGUUAACAAAAAUAAACAAUUAUAUUCACAUUGAUAUAUUUAUGCAAUUUAUAAAAUCUGUCAUAAUGAUUGGAAAUACUGAUCAUUUUCAUUUAAUGAAGUGUUAUUUUUUAAACGUUAUUUCUCAUAAUUAUGAGAGUUAUGAAGAUCUGAUAUAUACUUUGGCUGAAUCAUAUUAUGCUAAAAAUAUGUAUGAAAGUGCCAUUUACUUUUAUACAUUGAUAUACAAAAAAAGGAAAUAUAUACUGAAAAAAAAAAAUAAUAACGAAAAUGCAAAUAAAGAAGAAAAAGUAAAUAAAAAUGGAGUUGGAAAUAUAAAUUCCAAUACAAACAAUGCAAAUACUAUUUCACUCGAUGAUGUUAUAAUAUUUGAUAAUUAUGUAAAUUUUCUAAAUGUGGUUUAUAAGCUAGUUAAAAGUUAUUAUUACAUUGAAAAUUUUAUAAAAGCUGAAAAAAUUAUUUUAAAAAUACUAAAUAAUGAAAAUAUAGAGAAAAAUAACAUAGAAAUAGAUAUAAAAACUUUAUAUAUUGACAUUUUAUAUAAAUUAAAAAAGUAUAAUAAAUCGAUAAAUAUUUUACUGAGUAUAAAAGAAAAAAAGCUACGAUUUCUUUGUUCUAUACCAAAGCCAUUAAGUAAUAAAGAAAGAGAAAUAUUAUUACUAAAAAUUUUAAAUAAGAAAAAUAAACUCUUAUUAUAUACUUCUCAUAAUAGUUAUAUUUUGCACAUAUUUUAUGUUUAUCAAAAAAAAAGUAAUAUUUAUUACAAAUAUGACAAUUAUCUAUCAAAUAGAGAUAUAAAUGAUAUUAUUCAAAUUAAAGUGAAUAUAUGCUUUUGUUAUUUUUGUGUUAAAUAUAAUUUCUUCAUUUUAAAUUACUUAUAUUUAUAUAAUAUAUUAAAUAUGUUGAACGAUAAAAAAAAUAUUAAAAAAAAUAAAGAAAUAAUAUUAAACAUUUAUAAAUUUAGAGAAUAUCUAAUAUUUCUUACUUCAUCAUUCAGUAUUUUAAAAAAAAAAAAUAAGGUAGAAGAUUGGAAUGUAACUUAUAAAAAUAUAAAAUUAAUGGAAAACAAAUUAUUUUAUAAGGAUAUUUUAAUAAUUGAUUUAAAAAGUUUUAUUUUUAAUGAUAAUUAUGAAGAUUCAUUAUCAUUAAAAUUAUAUUCUAGUGAAAAUAAUAAAAUUCUUAUAAAAGAAUUUCUUAAAAAUUUAUAUAAAUAUAAAUACAACGUAGAAUCAGAAAUAAUGAACAGUAAAAUUAUCAUGAAAUUUUAUAAAUUCAGCUAUAAUUUAUUUUAUUUAUUAUAUGAGCUUGAACAGGAUUUUAAUAGAAUACAAACAUAUAUGGAAAAGGAAAACUUAAAUUUAAAAAAAAAAAGAAAAUAUGUUAACUUUGAUGAAAAAAACUUAGAUGUAAGUUUAGAUAACAAUGAAGUCUGUGAUUCUUUGAAUCUAAAUAUAAAUAGCUUAGAAAGUUCAUUAAUAAAUAAAAAUAAUAAAAAUGUAAAAAGAUAUAGAAAAUUUUCUUUUUUGCUUACUAAGAAAAGAUUAAAUUUUUUUACAUUCGAAAGUUAUUUAGGCUUAUAUUUUAGUUUGUUAUUUAUUGAGGAAUGUUUCUUUUUAGUAAGUAUAAUGAAUUUAUAUGAAGAUUCCAUACAUAUUUUAAGUUUAUAUUUAAAAAAUAGGAAGUCAAACAAAAUGAAAUUUAUAACAUACAUUAGAUCAAUUAAAAAUGAAUUUAAAAAAUAUCGUAAUAAUCACAAUUUAAUAAAUUUGAAUUUUUAUUUUUUUGAUAAUAUAUUUACGAACACUAUUAAAGAAGAAAUGAAAAACGAAUAUUACAACCUAAUGAAAAUGAAUAAAUACAUUGAUUGUAAAUAUUAUAUAUUUAGAAUAAAUUUACUGUUAAAUAAAUUGUAUAUAUCUAGUGGGAGCUAUGAAAAACAAAUAAAAUGUUUAAAUGAUAUAUACAUAUUUAAUAAAAAAGAAAAUGAAGAAUACAAAAUUCUAAAAUAUUAUAGCGAUAUAGUAUUAACUGGACAUUUUUGUCAGAAUUUUUUAACAUCUAUUUCAAAAUCAAAAAACAAAAAUAUUUUAGUUAACUUUAGAUUAUUUUUAGUUAGAACAAUACAUUGUAAAAAUUCUAAUCCGUUCUUAAUAUAUUUAAUUGGGAAUGUUUGUAAUUUAUCUUGUAUGAUCGCUAAUGCAGUACAUGAAUAUACAAGAGCUUACACAUUUCUUCUGAAGAAUAGAAAAAAAAAUAAAAUGAAGUUGUGUAAUUUAAAGGAGGGCUUAGUAAAAGUAGAUAAAUUUGAAAAAAUUGAAAAAAACGAAAAUUAUGAAAAUUAUACAAAUGAAUAUGAUGAAGAUGAAGAUGAAAACGAAAAUGAAAACGAAAACGAAAAUGAAAACGAAAAUGAAUAUACGAAAGAAGAAAGCUACAAUUAUUAUCAAAAUUUGAAAGAAGAUGACAUGUAUAAUUUUGAUGAGGAAAGCUUCCUUUUUGCUAAGUUAAAAUUGUGUAAUGAUAAGAAAAAGAAAAAUGAAUAUACAAAUAGCUUCGAAAAUAUAUGUGACAAUAUUAAUUUUUUAUUUAGUUUAACAACAUCUUAUUUCAACUAUUCAAGUUGCUAUCGAGUAGAGAAUAGGGAAUCUGUAAUGAUGACUUCCUUUUGUUUAUUAAAUGAAUAUAUAUCGAAAAGAUAUGAACAAAAAAUACUAAAGAAAAAAAAAAAAUAUAAUAAGUAUUCAUUAUUUUAUAAAACUUAUAAAUAUAUUUAUUUAGCAGAAAUUUUAUAUAACCUUGGUCGCUCAUUACAUCAUCUAUCAUACUUAAAUGAAUCAAUGAAAUUAUAUUUUAGUGUUAUAGAUUUAAUAAAAAAGGCUGAUAAGGAAAUAAAAAGGGUUAUAAAAUCAAAUAAUUUAAAUCUUCAUGAAAAGUUCAUUUAUAAUCAUGUUAUUAACAUGAAGAAAUGCAUGUGCUAUACAUGUUUAAACUAUCCUGUUAAUAACAAUAAAACCCAUCUUGAUAAACUCAUAAAUUAUUAUUUUAACUUAAAUACAAAGUAUUCAAAUUUUUAUCUCCUUUUUUUCGAUAAAAAGCAUUUAUUAUUUUCAGCUUCAUAUAAUUUGAGUGUAAUUUUUAGAAAAUUAAAUCGUUAUGAGCAAGCAAAAUUUAUACUAAAUAAUAUUAUAUGGGAUUGA